CAAAAUUUUGGCACUGUUUUGGGCGAGCCACCACGCCGGAUUUGCUCAGGCAGCCGUGAGCAUCCUAUUCUUCUAGAAAGAGGAACAACUCUUUCUUGGUUAAGGAGUUCGGUAACAACACUCAGAGUGUUCAGUUUAGCAGAAAGCCAAACAAUCUCUACAACCUCAACUCCUACAAGUACUCUGGUUUAGCCAACAAGAAAACUGUUACUAUUCAGCCAGCUGGCAAAGAUCAGUCUGUGUUGUUGGCGACCACCAAGCCAAGGAAGCAGAACAAACCUUCCGCUUUGCUUCACAAAUCUGUGAUGAAGAAGGAAUUCAGGAGGAUGGCAAAGGCUGUCCAAAAUCAGGCCAUUUCAUCUACCAUAUUAAGGUAUCACAAGUUAAAAGCAAAUUGUCGUAAGGAGAAGCUGAAAUAUGAUGAAUCAUGUGUUUCAGACAACUAUAAUUUCUCUCUUCUUUUGGAAGCUUGGAGACCUAUAUCAAUGGGAUACAAAAAGAGGUGGUGGGAUUGCAUUGCAUUACCAGAUGAUAUCGAUUCUUCUGAUGAGACGUCAUUCAGAAUGCAAAUAAAAGAGUUGGCAUAUGAGUCUCUCCAACUUCUUGAAACAGCAAUAUUUGACAAGGAAUGUGAGCCGUUAUUCUCCCUUGAAAUCUAUGGACAUAUCAUUGGCAUAUUUGAACUAAAUAAUCUUGAUUUGGUUGUUGCAUCUCCUGUGGAGGAUUACUUUUUAUACAUUGAUGAAAUGACAAACACCGAUAAGGAAGAAGCUGAAAAAAUUACACAACCAAUUCUAGAUGCUCUAGGUGAAGACUAUUCUACUUGUUGCGAAGGAACUGCAUUUAUUCCCUUGCAAAGCUGUAUGAACCAUUCCUGUUGUCCUAAUGCCAAAGCUUUCAAAAGAGAUGAGAUAACCAUUUCAUAUGUUGAUGAAGACCUUCCAUUUGAAGAGAGACAAGCAUCCCUUGCAGAUUACGGUUUUAGAUGUAAAUGUCCAAAGUGCAUUGAAGAAGAGCCAUAA